AUGUAUACUGUUAAUAAAAAUAGAAAAACAAUUGUAAUUUUUUUUCCGUUUAUAUUAGAAGAUAAUAUUCAGUUGAUUUUAUACGGGGAUUUAAAUUCAUUUAGUGAUGUCGUUAAUAUAUUUUUUACAGUAAAAAUAACUGAAGCCAAUAAACCGACAAACUUUAAAUGCAUUUGUGAAAAUUUUUCAUCAGAACAAGAAAGGCAUAAAAAUUGGAUUUUUAUUACCAUUAAAAAUAAAACACUAAAAAUAAAGACACUUAAAUUAAAUGGAAUAAAUGAAAAUUAUAAAGAAUUUCUCAUUUUAUGGAUUAACUACAAUUAUAAACUAUUUUCCACUUGUGAAUUUUCAACAUCAAAAACAAGUAAAGCUUCUUUUAGUAAAGAAAGUUAUUUUAGUCACCUCAUUAAUAAAGUAGAUGAAAAUAUUAAUUAUGAGAAAAAGAAAAAAAAUGAUUAUUAUGGUGCAAAGAUUUUUAAUUUGCUAUUAAACUUUGUAUUUUUAAUAGUGCAUAAAUUAACUCAAAAAAGCAAAAAAAUAUUAUUUCUUUCCAAAUAUCUUAGUAUAGUAUUACAUUUAAAUAAUUACUUUGAUGCUUUGCUAUGGGCUUUAAAGUCAAUUAAAAGAAAACAAAAAAUUGAUGUUAAAGUUACAAAUUUUCUAUUAUCAUCUGUAUUGGAUACAAUUUUAGGAAUUAUAUUUUUAAAUUGGUUAAAUUCAAAAAUAUCAUUGGAUUCAUCGGCAACAAUUUUUUUAAAUUCUGCUGAAUCUAUAGUCGAUUCGAUUAAAAAUUUGAUUAAUUGGCUGAGUGGAGAUCCAGCCGGAUUAAAGUUAAAUUGUGCAUUUAAUCAGAUAUUAGCUAAUUUUUUUAUAUUUCAUAUUGAAAUUUGGUGGAACUUUUUAGGUUAUAUUAAAUUUAUUGUCAAGAUAAUAUUUCAAAUUUUUUUAAUAUUAGGCCUUAUGGGAAUUACUUUUCAAGCUUCCAUAGCAAUUGAUUUAUUGGCACUCGUUAGUUUUCAUAUUUUUUUCAUUCAUGCCUAUGCGGCUAAAUUAUACAGUAUACAAUCUUCAACAUUAAUAUCGUUGUGGAGAUUAUUUUUGGGGAAAAAGAAAAAUCCUUUAAGAGGAAAAGUUGACUCUUGCGAUUAUACACCAGAGCAAUUAUUUGUCGGAACUUUGGCAUUUACAAUUUUGUUAUUUUUACUUCCCACCACACUUUUAUAUUAUGUUGUUUUUACAUCUGUAACUGCAAUUUGGUUUUACCAGUUUACACAACAUUUUUAUGGAUUAUCAGAUCUUCGAAAAUACUAA